UUCAUUCUCCGCCGCAAAGAAGAAGAAAUGCGGAAGUCAAAUGGAUGGGGGAGUUCGCGGCGGUUUUGUGUUUAUGUGACACUUUGACAUGUCCGCGUGAAUGUUUGACGACUAACAAGCAUUUACUACGCAAGUCGGACGGAUCCGACUCAACAGAGUUGUUGCCGGUGUUUGGUCCGCGUGCUGUGACCGGGAAGAGGCAGUAAAAAUGUCCACUAAUGGAAGCCCAGCGGUCGGCUUGUUGUCUUACGAGACUCUGGUUCACGCUGUGGCAGGUGCAAUGGGCAGCGUGACAGCAAUGACCACAUUUUUCCCCUUGGACACAGCGAAAAGUCGCCUGCAAGUUGACGAGAGUAGAAAGUCUAAGUCCACCCCCGUCAUCCUGGCCGAGAUAGCGCAGGAGGAAGGCGUGCUGGCUUUGUACAGAGGCUGGUUCCCGGUCAUCUCCAGCCUCUGCUGCUCCAACUUUGUCUACUUUUACACCUUCAACACACUGAAGAGGCUGACGCCCACUGCGCCUCACCAGUCCAGGCUCAGCAUAGACCUGCUCACGGGCAUCGUAUCAGGGGCGGUGAAUGUGGUCCUGACCACGCCCAUGUGGGUGGUCAACACUCGUCUGAAGCUCCAGGGGGCCAAAUUCAGAAAUGAGGACCUUCAGCAGACGCACUACAAGGGCAUUUUCGAUGCCUUCUGCCAGAUCAUAGCGAGCGAGGGGGCGGGCACGCUGUGGAACGGCACUCUGCCCUCCCUCAUCCUCGUCCUCAACCCAGCCGUGCAGUUCAUGUUCUACGAGUCGAUGAAGAGGAGGGCAGGGAAGCGAGGCAGGAAGAUAUCGUCUGCAGAGAUCUUCCUGAUCGGAGCUGUCGCCAAGGCCAUCGCAACCACCGCCACGUAUCCACUGCAGACAGUUCAAGCCAUCCUCAGGUUUGGCCAGUACAAAGGUGAUGGCAACGGCGGCCUGAUGGGAAGUCUGGCAAACAUUUUCUCCUUGCUGAUGGAACGAAUUAAAAAGCACGGUGUUCUCGGGCUGUACAAAGGCCUGGAGGCCAAGCUGCUACAGACGGUGCUGACGGCCGCCCUCAUGUUCGUCGUGUACGAGAAGAUGGCCGCCGCCACCUUCGAGCUCAUGGGCCUGCGCGGCAAGCUAAGGAAGUGAGCGUCGCGCAGCCGCCUGCCGUCAAAAUGCGCACGUGCCGGUGGAUGCGCUGACAGAUGGAACUGGCGCAACUUCAAAUAGCCACCGUAACCAGAAGGAAGUGCAGUACGUAAAACACACCAAAUGUUUCAUUUGUGCAUUUCCGUGCAGGUGGACUCUUAACAUUCAGUUUGGUUACCAUGCUAAACCAGCUAACAACGAGAUGAAACAACUGAAAUUACCGGCAAGUUACCUCUACUAGGGCCGCUACCGAACCAUUCCUCAUCCAGUUUUUGUAUUUUAGAGAUUGCUUAAGAUGACUAUUCAUCUUAAUAUGAUUGGAUAGGGACGUUUAAUAAGUUGUCCAAAUGAAUGAGCUUAAUGAAAAGUGCUUUUAGGGAUGUUGUUUUACACAGUGAAUGAUGUAGCAACAAUCCUCAUUACUGUCAGCGUGAACUCUUUUGAGAAACAUGAUGCUGUCAUAUUUGUGUGUGUUAUAUAGAUGAUUGUCACGAUACAUUUAAGCCAAACAUUAUUCAUACUGCGGCGAUGAAUGGGAUAUUGUAGCUGGAAUUGAAGCAAGAAUGUGGCAAGACCUGUUAAUAUUUGUUGAUUGGCUAUUUAUUCAUAUCCCGCCUCUCGCCCAAAGCCAGCUUCGAUCGUCUCCAGCUCACCCGAACCUUAGCGAGGAUAAGCGCUACAGAAAGGGAAUGGAUGGAUCGCAAACGCAGCUUUUGCCAUGUUCUUGAGUUACUUCCAGCCCGAAAUCACCCAUUCAACUCAAAAACUGUCAAUAAUGCCGAUGUUUCUUCCUUCAAAUAUUUCUGAAAAACAGUCCAAUGUCUUGUGUUUGUUACACUGUUAAAGUCGAGAUGUUUCCUCUUUCACGGCACACUGAACAAGUGCCUGUGUGGUGCGAAUGCUGCACCGGACACGCUUAGCCUACAUAUGGCGCUGCCUCGCAUCACUUGGGUGCAACGUUUACAUGAAAAUAACUUCUACUUGAAGCCGUCUUCACUUAUUAAGUACAUUUUUAAACAUACUGUAGAUGGUCCAAAAAUUCUGUUCGGACUGUUUUUAUAAGAAUAAAAGUGGGUUAAUACAAAAAUAAAUCAAAUACAAACAAUUCCAAGUCAGAGACUGCAGGUUUAUUUCUUAUCUUAGAAGCAGGACAACACAGGAGUUUCUCAGUUGUUGUUUUUAUUGUACGUAGCAGAACGUAACGCCGACUGGCCCCCCAGAUUUACCGUAAUUUGACCCAUUAAAUACGAGCCGCUGACGGGCACACUAAUACAUUUCAUAAUCCAUCAUCAGUUUAAAAACAAAUAAAAAUAAAAAUGCACCAGGCGACGGUACUGAUCAACAAGCACGCUCCUGUUUUCUCUCCAUGACUUGUCUGUCAGCUGAGUAUUGGACUCUAGCUUUAUUACACAGCGGUGAACUUAUUUUCUAAUUCAUGACAGUUAAAAUGUUAAUAAAGGUUUUAUGAUUGUGUUAGUUGCAUCAAGGUAAAAAAUUGCUUUGCAUAAGAACAACUUGUAAGUCCCACAGCAUCUCGCAGACUUUGUGGAGCUUCCGCUCUGUUGUUUAUGCAAGCGUGACUCUUUAUCUCAUUUUCUCGACGUACCAGUCUGGCAGGAAGGAAUAAGGGGAGUCCUUGUGUACGGUGUAGGUCAGUUCACAGCGCUCUUUCCGGGAGAACAGAUACACCACACUGGAAGACCAGAGAUGAAUUGUUAUAAAAAAAGAUUACAAAACGAGACACUGCUACUUCUGUACAAAAUUGUGUGUGAAUGCUGAAGAGCAGACACUGAACUGAAAUGACAUGCAAAGGGGAGGGACAGUAGAGAAACAUGGAAGGAUUCGAUAGAAAUCUGUAUCUAUUGGGGAAUUUUGUCUUGGAAAAGGUGUGGAAUACUAAAAUUUUGUGGAUUGUGAAAAAUAUUUCCACAGAUGUAGCUGAACAGUUUGAAGUUGGAGAGAAAUGUGGAAGGAUGUACAUUGAUUUCAGUCGGCUUAUUUCAUGAAACAUUUUGAAACGUGGGAAAAUUGAGAAUUUGGAGAAUGUGUAAAAGCGGUGCCCGAAUGUCCCGGUUUUUGGGAAUAUUUUCAUGUUGGAAUGGUUUGAAUCGGUUGAGAAAUGUGAACAAAAAAGGCCCAAAAAGUGGUAGAAAGAUAAUAAAAAGAGAUAUAUUUGGUGCAGAAGGAAAUAUGUGUGUCAAUGGUCUUCAGCAAUCGCACAACUAAAAGAAAGUACCGGUACUUCUACUGGGAACUCACUGAGGAUUGUCCUCGGUCACCACACGCUUGACAUAAGACAGGAAUUCGCGGCAGAAGUUCAUGCAGACUGCGGGCGUCCACCCCAGGUGCUCG